GGACGGUCACAUUGACAAGAGCCGUUAGAGCGGCCAUGUUUUUCUUGUUGUGUUCUUUGUAAAAAAAAAGCCGCAAGUCAUAAUUUUUGUAGACUGCGGAAUAAGAUUAAAAAAACGUAAUUUUAAUGCAAGUGAAUGAAAUGGCGCCAACCACCAUCGAAGAGAAUGCUUUUGCAUUAGGAAAGCGAGAUGUACCGGAUCAGUUUCAACUGGAUCCUGAGCGUCUCUGGAAGACGCAUUGGCUCACCGUUUAUGCCCAGGACAUAUUUGUGAACAUGAAGGAGGCAGAGAUGCGUCGUCGUCCCAUAUUAUUCAACUCCAUGCAGCUGGAGGAGCGCCCCAAAUUGUUUCAGCUUUGUCAAUUCGCAGCGCAAAAGUACACACUGAAUCGCGCCUCAGUACAUUUGGGUAUCUACUAUAUGGAUUGUAUGACCGACUACUACACGAUUAGUAGCGAAAAACUGCCAUUGCUGGCCCUCACAUGUCUUCACAUUGCGGCCCAGAUCGAAGACAACGAUGCGAGUGUGCCGCGCUACAGCGAACUGAACUGCCUGAUACCUGGUUCGUUGUACACCGUUUUCGAAUACAAUGUGGUGGAGCGCAAGGUGCUGGCCAGCCUGAAUUUUGAGCUAAUGCGUCCCACCACGGCCAGCUUUGUGGAGUUUUUUGCUUGCAGCUUCCUCACGCGCAACGACUUCGCCCACUACAAGGCCAUGCUGGAGAACAAUCCUAGCGAGCCAAACGAUCAAUCGCCAUUGCACUACGAAAGCUUUGCAGUCAUGAUGUCGGCCUUGUCGCAGCUGCUGCUCCGCCUGGCAGACUGUACAUUGAGCAUUACAAGUUUUACAAACACGCGACCUUCUUUAUUGGCCGCCGCCUGCAUAGGAGCGGUGCGUCAUCUAAGCGGACUCAAGUGCUGGUCACAGUAUCUCUCCAAACUGACAUCUUAUCUGGAACACGAGGUUGAGCCAUUGGUGAGGGAGAUCACAAAGUACUAUAACUGGCAGCAGAACAGCUCCGUGGCGCCCAAUGCCCUGCCAACAUACGUAAACAUGGGCCAAUCUUCGGCAGAUACCAUUAAUCCCAAUUGCUCCACAACGGACUCUGGCGUUGGGGAUUCGAUGGUCAUAGUAAAGGAAUCGGUGACCGUGCAGCAGGAUAUAAUUACUGUGCAGGUGCAGAAACCUGCUGUUCCAGGGUCCGAUCUAGCUGGAGUUGUUCAAGAAGAGCCGCCGGAACAAGCUGUCUUUUCUCAGGAAGAGCUGCAGAUAGCAGCUGUCUUUUCUCUAGCAGAGCUGCAGGAAAAGACUAACUUACAAUACGAAGAGCAGCAGACACAGACAACCUUAGAGCUGAAUGAAUUAGCAUUAGACACCAAGGAAAAAGCGAAGAAAUUAGAUAAAGAAGUGGUCAUAAAAGAACUGGAACGUGCUUUCAAGCGCAAGCGUGUAGAUUAUGACUGCCAAGAUGAGCCGCAAGCGAAGCGUCUUACCGACUGACCAAUUUCAAUAUAUUGAUUCGGUAAUCAGGUUUACCGAAGACCAAAACUCACAAGCUCAAGCGCACUGAAGAUGAUUGCUAAGCAAAUAGGUUUAUAAUUUCAUAGAAGUACCAGAAGCACUUACACACUAUUCUUUAAACACAUACCCCACGCGGAUGGGUAUACUUCAAAAUCAUGCUGUUUCUCAUGCGAUAUCCCCAUUCAAUUGUAUUGAACACUCCCAUAUCGUAAUGCAUACACAAAAAUUUCA